AUGACAGUGAGGGAACAGGACAGACCAUACCUUACAAUAAACACUCACCGUGGACAGACUCGUGUUUUGAAUAGCCUUCGCCCUAGCAAUAUUGCAGAGAACCAUGGAUACAGUUUUACAAGGACUAGAGGGAGUACACUGCAAUAUGGAGGAUAUCAUCAUAAUCGGGGAAUGGCUGAGGAACAUCUGGAAAACUUGGAACAAGUUUUGAAGCGACUCGAUCGCUAUGGAUUAAAAGCAAAUGUUGCUAUGAGUGAGUUCAUGAAGGACAAAAUCGAAUUCUGUGGCCAUGUUAUAGACGCAAAACCCGUAACCCUAGCAACAGAUGCCUCACCAUAUGGUCUUGGAGCCGUGCUGUUUCAUACGAUGCCUGAUGGUUCUAAAAAGUCAAUUAUGUUUGCAUCUAGAUCUCUUAGUCAAGCGGAGAAAAACUAUGAGCAAAUCGAUAAAGAGGCACUAGGAUUGGUGUGGGGAGUGAAGAAAUUUCACACAUACUUGUAUGGGAAAAGGUUCACCUUAGUGACUGAUCACCAGCCUCUAGUAUCUAUCUUCAAUCCUGAGAAAGGAUGCCCUGUGACUACUGCAGCAAGACUGCAGAGGUAUACGCUCUUUUUAUUUGGGUUCCAAUAUGACAUUCGAUAUAAAAACACAAGGAAACACAACAAUGCUGAUGCACUAACAAGACUUCUGGUUCCAAUUGGAAACGAAGAAUUGAAUGAAGAAUCAUAUGAUGUAACUGAAUUGUACAUGAUUCAGCAACUCGACAGCCUACCUGUUAGUAGUGAAGAAAUUCAGAGAGAAACUGUGAAGGACACUACUCUGAAAGUGGUUUAUGACAUGACUGCAUCAGGAUGGCCAGCAUCUGCAAAUAACCUGAAUAAAGCCCUGAAGGCAUGCUUUACCCGCAGGAAUGAAAUAUCCAUUUAUCAGGGAUGGCUACUUUGGGGAAUUCGUGUUAUCGUUCUUCAGAACAUUCGUUCCCGUGUCUUAGAGGAACUUCACGAGGGACACCCUGUGAUUGUUAAGAUGCAAACCGCUGCACGCAGUCUAGUAUGA